GAUGCCUCUGAAUCGAAAUUCAAACCUCGUAAUCUUAUUAAACAAUUUAGGAAAUGGUCAAGCACUCAUGAUAUUUAUCCUUUGAAAAAAAUCAUUAGAGAUAAGAAAAUAUCAGAUGAAAUGUUAGUUGAGUCUAUUGAGUUGUUAACUGAUUCAUCCGCAUUUAAAUAUUAUAGCUUUGAAGCUAUUUCUAAGCUAGAAUCGCAACUUCGCACCUUAGUUUCUCUUAUAGAAGUAAUUUGCAAAAGUGAAAUUCGGAUUCGACAUGAUUUGAGAGAAAAAAUUUAUGCUCAGUUAGGAAAAUUUGCUGAGAUACAUUUUCGAUCAACUGAA